GGGAACGCGGGCGUCCAGGCGGCUCUCGGCCGCGUCAGCCGCGAAUAAAUGGAAGGGACCUGGGAGUGCGCGAUGCUGCUCUCUCUCCCGGGCUCGGGCGGACCUCGGUCACUUCUCGGGCCCAGUUUUCCUCGUCCUUUCGGCGUUGGGCCACAGAAAAGGGCCACCCAGUUCCCCGGCUGCGCCACCUUCGGCACACCUCUGCGGCUGCGCCGGCCUUCGACGAGAGCCAGGUGCUGCUACACUCUGCCCGCUGUGCUCUGGACACUCUCUCCUGAUGGAGCUCCCUGACUUGGGGAAGCAUUGUUCAGAAAAGACCUGCAAGCAGCUAGAUUUUCUUCCAUUGAAAUGUGAUGUAUGUGAGCAAGAUUUCUGUAAAGAUCAUUUUACCUACGCUGCGCAUAAAUGUCCCUUUGCAUAUAAGAAGGAUGCUCAGGUCCCAGUAUGCCCGCUUUGUAACCGCCCAAUCCCAGUAAAGAAGGGGGAGAUACCGGAUGUGCUGGUUGGUGAGCACAUGGAUAGAGAUUGUAGAUUCCGUCCUGGGAAGAAGGAGAAGGUUUUCACCUUCCGGUGCUCGAAAAAGGGCUGUAAGAAGAAAGAGAUGCUGCCCGUGGCUUGUGACCAGUGUCGUGGCAACUUCUGCAUUCAGCACAGACAUCCUCUGGAUCAUAGCUGCACACACGGGAGCAGAGCCGUCAGCAUCAGGGGGUGAGAAGUCCCAGCCGGUGAGCUGGCCUGACACCUCCCCUGACAAGGGGAGAGCCAGCUUCCAGCCCCUGGAGGGCGGCGCGCAACCUGGAGCAUUGUGCUGUCAGGUGGUGGGUGCAGGAGUUGCAUGAAAAUAAUCUCCAUUAAAGUUGGACUCUAAAUUAAA